AUGAGUGUUCCAGUGAUACCAUACCUUGACUAUGAUAUAGUAGAUCUCGGUUCUGACAUUAAAAAACCAGAUUUUCCGCAAUUGAGUGAAUCUCAUCGCAUUAAUGAACAACAGUACUAUAUCACUGAGGACACGCCAUUGAAUAAGAGAAACUUCAUGUAUCAGCCUUGUGCUGCAAAUCUAAUGUUGGAUAAGCUCAAGUAUUGUGGCACAGACUAUUUUGAUAAAAGCUCUAUCAAUUUGAUGGAUAGAUCCGACAAAUUAGCAUUUUCAUUGGACGACCAUUCGGUGAGUGUCAGCGAGAACUGCGGGUGGAGGAGCGUUAGAAGCGACGUUUGUAUGAAAGAAGGAAAAAUAUACUGGGAAGUGGAGGUGAAAAACGUUUCUGAUACAUCACACAUCAGAUGCGGGAUAAGCAGAAGAGAGGCAUCAACAGAAACUCCAGUCGGAUGUGAUUUUUACGGUUAUAGCAUUAGAGAUAAAGGAUUGCAAGUUAUUCACGAAGGCCGCUUGCAUACAGUUUUGAAACCACACGAGAUGCAAGCAGGUGAUAGAAUCGGAUUUCUACUGACUUUACCUUCCCUGCAGUCUCAAAGCGAGCAAGCCAUGGAUUAUAGUUUAAAACGAAUCCAAGAGCUAAACAACGACGACAGCCGCACCAACAAAAGGAAUAAGAAAUUCAAUAAGGAAUUCUACAAGUUUUUACUGCGUUCAUGCGAGCCAACGAAUGUAGUUAGAGAUCAAAUUGCCAUCAGAUAUAAAAAUCAAUUGUUUUACGAAAGUACCGAUUAUGUCAAAACUACAAAACCGGAAUAUUAUGACAACAGGGACGACAUGCAAAAGUUUUACGAACUUGAAAACUCGAGCUUCGAAGUUUUCGUAAAUGGUGUUUCCCAUGGAAUAGCUUUCGAAGGCCUUACACCAUUCUUACCUCCGUUCAGCGAAUUGCAGUACAAUGAGAAGUUUUAUUUGCAUCAUUGGAAUAAACGUAAUGUCACGAAGGGGAUCGAAAUAAGAAAUAAAUACGUAAACAACAACAGGCUAGGUUAUUAUGCCACUUUGAGUUCAUUCCAGGGAGGCACUGCAUCGAUCAUAACAGAAGCCAUGGAACUCAAGUUUCUACCGAAAGAUGUAGAUAUCAAAACUCUGAAUGAUAUCUACAAUGAGCAGAUCGCAAGUGAUAUUGUAUGGGACUUAAUAGACGAAAUUGAUACAUAA